UGCUUUUCCAGCCUUUCCCAAGCAAGGGCCUUGACUGAUGCAAGUGGGUUGUCUCCACCCAGCUUUCGGAUAACUCCACCCGCCGCCUCCUCGCAGCUCCUCCUCCCUGUGCACAGCCCAGCUGGGAUAUAAGCAAGUCACUCAGACAACCAGGAGCAGCCGAGACAGCUGGGUGGGCGGUGUGGGACACCGAGCUGUGACCUGUGCCGUGUCCUUUGCCUUGACACCGGACCCCAUGGCGACGCCUUCGCAGAAGAGGAGCACCCGCAGCGGGGCUUCGGGGACCCCCUUGUCCCCGACCCGCAUCACUCGCUUGCAAGAGAAGGAGGACCUGCAGGAGCUCAAUGACCGCUUGGCCGUCUACAUCGACAAGGUGCGCUCGUUGGAGCUGGAGAAUGCCGGCCUGCGGCUCCGCAUCACCGAGUCGGAGGAGGUGGUGAGCCGUGAGGUCUCGGGCAUCAAGGCCGCCUACGAAUCGGAGCUGGCGGAUGCCCGCAAGACCUUGGAUUCGGUAGCCAAGGAGAGAGCUCGGCUGCAGCUGGAGCUCAGCAAAGUCCGGGAGGAGCACAAGGAGCUGAAAGCCCGGAAUGCCAAGAAGGAAGGGGACCUGCUGACUGCCCAGGCACGCCUCAAGGAUGUGGAGGCUUUGCUUAACUCCAAGGAGGCUGCGCUCUCCACUGCCCUGGGCGAGAAGAGGAAUCUGGAGUCUGAAGUGCGGGACCUGAAAGCACAGGUGGCCAAGCUGGAAAGCGCCCUGAGCGAAGCCAAGAAGCAGCUGCAGGAUGAGAUGCUGCGCCGCGUGGAUGCCGAGAACCGGCUGCAGACGCUGAAGGAAGAGCUUGAAUUCCAGAAAAACAUUUACAGUGAGGAGCUGCGGGAGACCAAGCGCCGCCAUGAGACCCGGCUGGUGGAGAUCGACAACGGGCGGCAGCGGGAGUUUGAGAGCAAGCUCUCCGAAGCCUUGCAGGAGCUGCGGAGCCAGCACGAAGCCCAGAUCAGGCUUUACAAAGAAGAACUGGAGAAGACCUACGGGGCGAAGCUGGAGAAUGCCAAGCAGUCGGCUGAGAGGAACAGCAACAUGGUGGGUGCUGCCCACGAGGAGCUGCAGCAAACCCACAUCCGCAUCGACAGCCUCUCCUCUGAAGUCAGCCAGCUGCAGAAGCAGCUGGCCGCCAAGGAGGCGAAGCUGCACGAUUUGGAGGAUAUUCUGGCCCGGGAACGCGAGACCAACCGGCGCCUGCUCUCCGACAAGGAGCGGGAGAUGGCCGAGAUGCGGGCACGCAUGCAGCAGCAGCUGGAUGAGUACCAGGAGCUCCUGGACAUCAAGCUGGCUCUGGACAUGGAGAUCAAUGCCUACCGCAAGCUGCUGGAGGGCGAGGAGGAGCGGCUGAGGCUGUCCCCCAGCCCUUCCUCCCACAAAGGUGCAUCCCGUAGCCACAUGUCCACCCCGGGCUCCUCCAAGAAGAGGAAGCUGGAGGACAGCGAGAGUCGGACCAGCUUCUCCCACCAUGCCCGGACAAGCGGCCGCGUUGGCGUGGAGGAGGUGGACUUGGAGGGCAGAUUCGUCCGUCUCAGGAACAAGUCCAACGAGGACCAGGCGAUGGGGAACUGGCAGAUCAAGCGGCAGAAUGGGGAUGAUCCCCCCAUCACCUACCGCUUCCCCCCAAAAUUCACCCUGAAGGCUGGCCAGGUGGUCACGAUCUGGGCGUCGGGGGCUGGGGCGACCCAUAGCCCCCCCAGCAAUGUGGUGUGGAAAGCCCAGAGCAGCUGGGGCUCCGGGGACAGCCUGCGCACUGCCCUGAUCAACUCCAACGGGGAGGAGGUGGCCAUGAGGAAACUGGUCCGCACCGUGAUCGUCAACGAUGAAGAUGAGGAUGAGGACGAUGAUGAAGUUAACAUCCACCACCGCCAUCACCACGGUAGCUGUGGUGGCUCUGGGGACCCCGGUGAAUACAACCUCCGCUCGCGCACGGUGGUCUGUGGCACGUGCGGUCAGCCGGCAGACAAGUCCGGCAACCAGAACACCGGUGUCAACACCAUGUCCUCGGGCUCGUCCACUUCCAGCGUGACGGUCACCCGCAGCUACCGCAGCAUUGGUGACUCCGGCAGCAUUGGCCUUGGGGACAGCCUGGUGACCAGGUCCUACCUCCUGGGCAACUCCAACCGCCGUAGGCAGGCUCAGGCCGUGCAAAACUGCAGCAUCAUGUAACUCCGUGGCACCAUUCCUGUGUUUCCUGGCCGUCUUGAGCUAAUUUUUUCCCAAAGCAAAUUUUUUUUUUUCCUUUAAAAAAAAGAUAUCAAAAACCAAAGUUGGGUUUUUUGUUUUCUAUAGCAGGAAUUUUAUAUAUAUAUAUAUAUUAAAAAUGCUAAAAGAUGCUUUGAUUUUUUUUUGUAAAGAAAAAAUCUAUUUCUAUAAAAAAAAAAGAAAAAAAAGCUUUUCAGCUUCAAAAUUUUUUUAAAACUUCAGCCAAAGACACCAAAGAAUUGUGUUUACUGAACAGCCAUGCAAGAGGAGAUUGUAGUUUAAUAGCUCUUUAGAUUAUAUCAUUUUUGCCAAAGCUUUUUAUAUAGGAUUGGGAGAAGCGAAGCCAUCCCCGUCAGAGCCGCGUGCGACAGGCACCGCGGCGCGGCAGGAGGGGGUCUGCAGGGGUGCUGGGGCGGAGGCGCUGAGAGCCCCGGUGCUGCUGCAGCUCAUCCUGAUGGCGCCGGGGGGCCCGUGCCGUGGAGGGUUGCCGUCUCAAGCAGAGCACAGUGCCUUUGCACACACACACCUUUUUUUUUUUUUUUUUUUUUUUUUUUGGACCUGAACCCAAAAUUUCCUUUCUUUUCCCUUGUUAAAUUCUUUGUUUCGCUGCGGUGCUGGCGUGGGGGGCUCCCGGCAAUGCCCCCAUGGCUCUCCACGCCCGCGCGGGCAUUACCCCGUCUCCCAGCCCCGUGCCCGCACGCACCCCCAUCGCUCCACGUACUGUAUUUCCCAUCCAAGGCACCACUUCCCCUUUGGGUUUUCUUUUUUUUUUAAGCAGCCGAGUUGUGCCUUAACCGAGGUGGGGGCAGCUCCGGAGCAGGGCUGGGAGCCCCACGGGACCCCACACGGCAUCCAGGGUAGAUGGGGAAGUGAAAACCCACCGGAGCUGUGUCCUGGGACCAGAUGGAUUUGGCGGAUGGGGUGAUGGACCGCACUCCUGCGAGCUCGGACCCAGUGGGACCCCCUUGGCCCUCCUUCCUGGGGCCUGCCGCAUCCAGCGGGGUUCACCCCUGUUCUUCCCAGCUGUGGUUAGUCGGGCUCUUCUCCGGUGGCAGGAGCGCAGAAGCCCGUUUCACGGCAGGAUGAGGCCAAGGAUGCUCAGUCCAGGACAGGGCUGGUUUGCCAGGAGGGCGCUAAGGGAGGCUUUUUGUUUGAGCGAGGGGAAUUUUGGGGACCCUCUCUGCAAGGGUCCAUCCAGCCAUUGACAGAGAUUUCAGCUUUUUGUCGACUGAGGAACGCCCGCAGCAUCCCCGCCUCGAGUACAGCAGGAUCAGGUCCCCAGCGCAAGCCCCCUACUCUGGCGGGGUCUGGUGAGACCACGUAUGUAUCUGUGCUUGCAAAGCUUCUGUAUUACUGCCUGUAUUUUCUUCCAGAAUCAAUACAGCCGAAGCCUUCCCA